AUGACGACUGACACAAAUUUCGACGUGUUUACAUUUACCGAAAAUCCUUCGCUCGUCCCAUCAAAUGUAGCAGUGUCUUCUACUGACGAGCAAUACUAUUUGGAUUACUCGAACCACGAACAUCAAGAUCAGAAUCUGAAUGGUUUUAUGGACUCUGAGGAUCCAUUUUGGGAUCAUACGAUUUGGGCCUUGUGCAAUGAGCCUGCAAACUCUGCUCCGACCAACUUGCUCGGAGAAGGCCCAAGCGGCAAUAAUGACAAUCCUAAUUUUGAUACUACACUUUUGGGAGAUAAUAUUCCAAUGCCGCUCUCGGUUUUUCAAGUUCCGUCGCCUCAAUAUAAAUGCACUUGCUGCGUGAACGUGAAGCGGCUCGAGAUUCAUGGGAGAUUUGGAGUGAUCAUGCACGCGGUUCUCGGCGUAUAUGAUUUAGAUUCAUCGUUACAGUGCCAGGACACACAAAUGUUUGACUUUCAAAACGAGAGCACGCGAAUGGUGAAGAAGUUCAUGGUACAAUACUUUGAGGCUUGCAAACAAGAGGGCUACAACAUGGUACAAGAUCCUCUCUCGCCGUUUUAUGAAGCCCUUUGCGUUGGUCUGAACGAAUCUGACAAUCCAGAUGAUUUUCUUCAGUCUUCGCCGGAUAGUGAAGGCGAUGAUCAAAAUUGCCCCCAGGAACCUUUACGAGAGCCCGAAGGUGAAAGCAAUCAAAUGGGGUCUACGAAAAUACCCCUCUCGAUGCAGGUAACUUAUAGGGAAAGAACUCGAAAUUUGAGGAUGAAGGACUUUGUGCAGUACUCUGAUCUUCCUAUAGAAUUUGCUGCUCGAAAGAUGAAUCUGUGCCCGACGGUCGUGAAGAAAAUAUGCCGCAAGAACGGUGUGGAGAGAUGGCCUUACAGAAAGCCGCCGUGGAUGAUGCUGAGGCCGCCGUCCUUGUCUCCCCCGUUCGAGCAUUUUCAGUUUGGAUCCGACCUAGCGGCCGGUUCUUCUUGUGUUUGGGGUGGGUGGCCGAUUCUUCUAGUGUUUGGGGGUGAGUGGUUAAAGGGUUGCGGCCACUGA